AUGAUGACGAAGAAAUUGCUAUUUUGCAGCGUGUCUUCCAGUGUCCUUAUCAUUCUAGCCCUCCUCGAGAUUGCAGCGCGCGCAAAAUCGGUGACCGCAGCACCCAGGAACGGCAGCGAGCAGAGUCCGCCCCCCGAUCUAGUGCCCAAGGAAGAAAUUCUAUCCACCUGCAAGUUUCCAGGUGAGAUCAAUAUCACAGUUUCCCCAGAUUUCAUCGGAACCACGUGGCGCGGGUUACAAGCCGACGGAGAAGGGGCCGUACGAUUGGAGCGCGGAUCAACGGCAGCGGAACGUGCUGCUGGGAGCGAAGGAGAGAGGGGUGAAUGUCUUCGAGGCGUUUUCCAACAGCCCGCCCUGGUGGAUGACCAAAUCGGGUGA